CCCGUCACACUUUCGAGUUUGACAAUGAUCCUUCGGUGACAAUGUUAGCUCUCCUACAGCGGCUUACCUCUCCGCCUGCGCAGACACUCUAUACACUACAGCCCACCCAUUCUACUAUCCAAUACACAGUUUCGACGCGUCCGAUCACCCAAACGAUUCCCGCGAUUCUAGGGUAUAUUAUCAGUGUUUUAGUCAGAGUUCUAUUAGGCCUGGUUACAGUGCUGUCGCUCUGGACGAAAUGGCGUACCACUCUCGAACAGCCAACAGCUCCCUUAUUAUGGAUCUUAGGUUCCGAUAGAGAAGUGCGACUAUUUGCGCUCGCGCAUAGCUGUCAAUGGAGAUACCUAGCUCCCAGCGCGUUUGUCGUACUGUUCCUGGUUUUUCGUCGAGGCUACACCGAGGAAUCUCUGACCCUCCUACGUGGCCUCGGCAUCCAAACCUCUACCUCGUCCUCUACAUAUCUUCUCGGACCAACUACACGCUUCAUUCCUACCACAAGUAUUCAAGAUAUCUUCAUAAAUGAGGCAUUCAAAGGGUUCGAAAUCCGGUUCUACCUGGCGAUUGUGGUGGAGGGAGAGGAAGACGUGGUGGUUGUGUUUCCGAGCUUGCUCCCGAGACGAGGGACAUUGGAAGUGGUUUGGAGGGGGGCAAGGCGUUGUUUGUGGGAAAGAGAAGGGGUGGGGAGGGAGAGGCUGCAGGAUAGAGAGAAAGAAAGCGUGGACAUGUGAGAUAUGAAUCAUGAUAUAUUGCCAUGAAGUGCAAACUAC